AGAUGUCUCGUUUAGAAGCUAAAAAACCAUCGUUGUGUGAAAGUGAACCACUGACAAGUGAGAGGGUCAGGGCCACACUGUCUGUCUUGAAAGGAAUCAUAACAUCAUGCUAUGGCCCUUCAGGCCGGUUGAAACAGUUGCACAAUGGCCUUGGAGGCUAUGUGUGCACAACUUCACAGUCAUCGGCCCUACUUGCUCACCUUUCUGUCACCCAUCCCAUUCUAAAGAUCCUGACAACCGCUAUGCAGAAUCACGUGUCAUGCUUUAGUGACUGUGGCUUAUUCACAGCCAUUCUUUGCUGCAACUUGAUUGAAAAUGUUCUGAGAAUAGGCUUGCCACCCACCACUGUCAUCAAGUUAAAUAAACAUCUUUUGAGCCUCUCCACUAAUUACUUGAAAUCUGAGUUCUGUGGCUGUCGGAUCCCAGUCAACUUUAGUAAUACAGAGAUGCUUCUUUGCUUGGUACGUAGCAUAUUAACAAGUAAGCCUGCCUGUAUGCUCACCCACAAGGAAGUAGACCAUGUCAGUGCUUUGAUCCUAAAAUCCUUUUUACUUACAAUUCCAGAAAAUGUUCAAGACCGUGUCAUUUUAGGGAAAAGUAUAAUUGUGCCUCUAAAAGGUCAGAGAGUUAUAGAUUCUACUGUACUACCUGGAAUCCUUAUUGAAAUAUCAGAUGUUCAGUUGAUGAAGAUGUUACCUACCAAAAACUCAGAUUCCCUCAAGGUGGCACUCUUUUGUGCAUCUUUAUCUGGAGACCUUACUGGUACUGGAGAAGGGAGUAUGGUGGUCACUUACGGAGUUUCUCUUGAAAAUGCAGCCCUGGACCAGUUGCUUAACCUCGGAAAUCAGCUGGUUAAUGACCAUGUAGAUCUUGUCAUGUGCCAAAAAGUUGUACAUCCAUCUUUGAAACAGUUUCUCAGUACACAUCAUGUUAUCGUUAUUGACAGACUUGGAGCGGCUCUUAUGGAACCCCUGAGUAAAGUGACAGGAACACAGCCUAUUGGCUCCCUGGACUCAGUCUCUCCUAGUAGUUACGGAAGUGUGAAAGAUUUGUCCUCUGCAAGAUUUGGCUCAAAACAUUUUUUACAUCUAAUUACUUAUGAAUCAACUAUCUGCAGCUUUCUUCUCUGCAACAGAAAUGAGACUACUUGGGAUGAACUGAAGCUCACAUGUCAAACUGCACUGCAUGUCUUACAAUUAACUAUCAAGGAACCAUGGGUUUUGCUAGGAGGUGGCUGUACUGAAACUCAUUUGGCUGCAUAUAUCAGACACAAGGCUUGUCGUGAGCCAGAAAGCAUCCUCAAAGAUGGAUAUUCUCAAACAGAACUUCAGCUAGUUGUUGGAGCAUAUUGCAGUGCACUGGAAUCUCUUGCCGGCUCUUUAGAACAUGAUGGUGGUGAUAUUCUCACAGACAUGAAAUAUGGACACUUUUGGUUAGCUCAGACAAAUUCUCCCCCUUCUAUUAACUGGCAAGAUUUGCUUUCAAGAUGUGGCUGUGGACUAUACAGUAGCCAAGAAGAACUCAAAUGGUCUUUCUUAAAGAGUACUCAGCAUUCUUUUGUGCCACAAACCUGCCUUCCACAGGAAACUGUAAUUUCAGCUAACAAGUUAAUCUUGGACUGUUAUACUGCUAAGCUUAGUGGACUACAAAUGGCUGUGGAGACUGCUAAUAUGAUUUUAGACCUUUCAUAUAUCAUUGAAGAUCAAAAUUAAGGAAAAUGUUUAUAUUAGAGCAUUUUUUUUCAGUGCCCAAAAAAAUGUUGCCAACUAUGAAAAACACAGACUGUACCUGUUCCUUCUCAAAGGCCUGCUCUGCAUAUUUAUGCAGAUAAUUCAUAAAAUUAUAUUUACUCAUUUAAGGGGGAAAAGUAUGCUUCUUAACUAGAAAUCUCAUAUAAUAUGAAACAUUACAAUUAAAAAUGUAAUUAUCUUAGAAAUUCUGAAUGUACCUGGUAAACUACUACUGUCACUGUUAACAUCUAGCAUUAUUCGAAGAACAUACAAAACUAAAAUUUUAAUUCCCAAGCUGUGGUCUGGUUUGAGUGUACUUAUGAUAGAUAUUUUAAUUAAUAUGUGUGAAGUUUAAAAUUAAAUUCCAAAGUAUCACAGAGCACCUAUAUAUAUUGCCCAACCAAAAGAAGUCUUCAGAUUGCAAAGUUUGGAAAUAAUCAGUUUUCUCAGUGUUUAUUAUUCAGUAGUUAGGUAGUUGAUAUACAACCUAAUCUGCCAUCAACUGCCAUUUUAUACCAGUUUGUUAUUGUGAGUAAAUAAAUCACUGAUUAAAAAAAAAGAAAUGCAUCUAUAUAGUUAACUAAGCUGAAAAAAUUUUGUAAAGUCUUCACAUUACAUGGGAAGAAUAACUAGUUUGUUUCAUUCCAUAAUUUCUCAACUUUGGUACUUUUGGCAUUCAGGACUAUCUAAAGUCCUGAAUUAUAGGACUGAAUAUAGGACUAUCCUGAAUAUAGGACAGUCCUGAAUAUAGGACUAUCUAAAGUCCUAUAUUUGUUGUAUGAUGGAUGUUCUAUGCACUAUAGGAAGUUUAAAAGCAUUCUUGGCCAGCACGCACCAGUACCUUGACCUAGUGGUAUCAGUUGAAAAUGUCUCCAGACAUUGCCAGAUAUUCCCCUGAAGAGUUGAGCUGUCUUUGGUUGACUUUUGUAGAUAGAAAAAGUUAGAAAGUAUACAUUCUAUCAAGACUUAGGAAAGCAGCUAGAAAAAAUAUUUUUCCCUCUAAUUUAUUUAAUUGUGCAAAAACAAAGAAAGACAAUCCCCACCAGCAGGGGGAAAGCUUCAUGAGUCAAGAAGCAAUGCCACAGGUGUCUCUUUCCCUCUCCAAAUCUGAAUUUCUCUAUCUCUACUAAUAAACAAAAAUUUCUCUCUCUCUAUUAAUAAACAAAAAUAUAGUUUAAAAAAGGGGAACUAGAAUGACUCCCAGUAUCAAAGUAUAGACAAUGAUGUCUCACCAAGGAAUGUCACAAAUAAUGUAAUUUGGUUUUAGACAAACACACAAAACAGAAUGGUUGAAAAACAAGUAAGUAUGGUGCUAAAAUUCAUGUGUUACAAAAAAGGAAAGGAAAAAAUACAGAAGAGAAUGAAGUCAGACAGUUUCUUAAUACUAGUGUGGAAUUUAGAGGACAUGUAUUAGAGUUUUCUGAAGAUUUUAUAAGAAUCCAACAAGAUUAUCAUUUUAGUAAUCAGAUGUUGGAAUUUUGGCUACAUGCAAAAAAAAAAACCUGAAGAAUUAAUGCAUACUACAAGAUUCUUUUAAAUCAAAUUACUUAUUUGUUGUUAUAAACACCUCAUUCCUUAAUUCUUGAUUUGUUCUGUACUAAAGGAUCUUUUCAUGUAGACAGUUUAAAUAAGCAAUUAAAGCAAGAUAGUUUUCAUAGGCUGUUUAAAUUACCUAUCGGUGUUUUUUGUUACAGAUAUCUUUGAAUUUGCUUUAGAUUGUAUAAUCAAAACUCAUUUACAUGAUGGAAAUUUAAAUGCCUCUGUAAUAUCCAUUCUGGUCUGUAUUCUUACCAUGUUGAACUGUUCUUUGGGUAAUUUUUAAAUAAAGUUGAUGUUUGCAGUCACAUAAAUUACAUAGGUCAAUAUGUAAUAUGUGUAAUAAUCACUUUAAUAAUUAAAGACCCUGUCAAAACAUUCUA